GUGACCUAUAAAAAAAUCUGAACACGCAUCAAUCAGUUGCAAUUGCAUAAGAGUUUUUGUCGGAGUUUCCAGCUACGCGAAGGAUCAUGGCUUUCGUGAUUGUUUUCAUCGGUGUGUGGACUCUGGUGACCGUUCAGGCUAAAGAAUUUCAAAUUGGAGGUGAUUUAGAGCUUCCAUGCAAUGUCACAGCUUCAUUUACUCGGUUUGCUUGGACCAAGCCAGGAUCAGUUAUAGCGGAGUGCAGAAGUAAUAAACUAAACAUAAACGACCCCAGAGCUCAUGUGUCGACCUCUCAGACGGACAGCAAUUUCCGAGAAUUGGUCAUCCGAGGAAUCAGCAACCAUGACACUGGGAACUAUACCUGCACUGUUUACUUUAAUGGUAGACAACCAAGCGAAACGGUAUACAUCGUCAAUGUUGUUGAAUUAACGAGUACUAUGUCUAGCGCGGACAUAAAAACGGAUUAUACUCCCACAAAUAUGAAAACGACAAAGGAUGGUAAUGUCUUGUUUACAAAGGAUGCGCCAAUAAAUGGAGAAACCAAACAGCGGUGCAGCUACGUCAACUUUGUGUUUCUUUUUUUAUUUGACAUGUUUUGUGUUUCUAUAUUUUUAUAUGUAUAAUUUGACAAAUAUCAUGACUUUGAUAUGGUACACAUCGAGUUAAAAAUAAAAAAAAAAAUCACCAAACUC